CGACCUAGACUAGUUACGUAAGGAGCGUAAUGAAUAUCAACAGCGGAGUCUCGUCCUGAACUCUUUGCUGCUUCCUCCAAUGACUCUCGUCGAAUCCGCUGCCUUUCCCCAUCCUCACCAUCUUGCUGAAGGCAUAGAGAGGCUUCAUUGUAUGCCAACUGAUGUUCCUACCGUUCCUCGGUUUGUGGAAGAUACCAUUCAGGUGCUGGCUCGACUAGCAUCUCAGCACCAUACCAGUGAUUACAGCCGCAUCAAGUUUGGACCCAGAGGCUGCUCGACUCGAUAUGUGCCAUUGUGCAUACAUACCCCGGACGUGUACCAAGAAUUGCGCCUUCAUCAAAAGGAAUGCAACCAAAAUAAUGCAUGGUGGUACGGUCAAUUUCAGGGCACCAAAGAUGUCCCCAAGCCAUCUGUGAAUGUUACUUCGCCAUCAGAGACGGAAUUGGUGCAGGAACUAUCGGCUGCCAUGGAAGAGCCGUUGAAUAUUAAUUGUAGUGCACCCGCUCCUUCUGAGAUUCCUAUCCAGCAGCACCUAAUCAAGACUUCCGCGACGCAUCCAAUCAACAUUUCAUCAAUAAUACCUCCGGAAUUCUUAGCACUCAUAUCUUCGCACCUCUUGCUCAGAUCAUGUCCUCCCACCUGUAUCUGCCAUACCAUUCCAGAGUGCUCGAGAUCGUGCAGAAUGAGGUCCACUAUCUGCGAAAUCCCGCCAUCUUUCUCGCUCGACCGUCUCGUAUUCUCUGGGUGCCAAUCUGGGAACGAGCUAUCUACUCCCCCUGACCCCCCUGCCCACACACACUCGAAAAUCUCUGAGCAACCAACGUCACAUAUCCGAACACGUUCUCAUAUUUCCCAGGCCUUGCAAGCCGCAAUAAAUUCCGGCUUUACUUCUGCAUCCGUACAGACAGCUCCUCCCACCAUUGAUAUGAGUCUGCAGUCUGACAGGUUUUCAGCCACGUCCCAGUCGACAUACGCCACUUUUAACUCGAAUCAAUCUUCAGUAUCGCUAUCGCUAUCAUUAACCUUUUCUAAUUCUUCUUUACCAUUGUCACCUAAAAGAUCCCUUCAAAAUCUGCAGCGCACUCCUGAUUCGGAGCUAGGGGAGAGGGUGUCCCAUUCGGCUCCUGAUCUCCUUGAACACGGUGCCCCAGUGGCACCUCCCAUCUUGUCUUCCUUCACUCUUGGUAAUCUGCUAUUAUCAUCCUGCCCUGGUAAAAAAGUCCGGUUGCAGGGACCUGUUCGCGGCCGUUCUGGUGUAUGUCGCAAUUUAGAGAUGGAUCUAAUGAGAAUGAAGGAGCUGGGCGUGGGCUGUAUUGUCUGUUGUCUGGAUGAUAGUGAAUUGGAGUUCUUGGGUGCCCGUUGGCCUGAAUAUGAACGUCUGACACGGCAAAUUGGUAUCGAUGUCCUAAGGUUACCUACGCCGGAGGGGUUGGCCCCUUCACUAUCCGCUGCUUCGUUGAACGAGAACCUCACCGUCCUGAUCCAUACAUAUACACUCCGAGGUAUUCCUGUACUUGUACACUGCCGAGGCGGCGUCGGUCGUGCAGGUGUCGUAGCAUGCUGUUGGAUGAUCAGAUUAGGUUUAUGCGGGUGGUUUACGGAUACGAAUCAGCGUUGUUUCCAUUCCAUGGCGCCUUCAUGGCUUUCCAACGAUUCCUAUCGUGGGCCAAACAGCUACACAUUUCCGGUCAGACGUGAUACGCUCGAGAUGGUUGAGACAGCGAUAUGCCUCGUUCGAAGACGGAGGAGCGUCAAAGCGGUGGAGACCUACGAGCAAGUUAAGUUUCUAGUGGACUUUGUGGAAUACCUUAGGGAAUCAGCAUAAAGGACGGUUUAUGUAGUUGCACUUAUUAUUAUCUGUUGUCGUGUUUGUUUUCUGUUAUUAUUCCCUCUUCUUGUCCAAUACCCGAAUAUGGACCGAGAAUUGUUUGAACCAAACAUGUCGGAUUAAGAACAGGAAUGAAUGAAAUAAAGUACACAUAUCCCAAGCUAACCGGUCUGCAUACGGUUUCCGAGGCCUUGUGCAAAUCGACCCCCGCGCCCACGCGUAGUACCUGUACACUCGUCAGAGAAAUUGAA